AUUUUCAGAAAAUCCCGCGCGGAUUCCAAAAUUCAACUCUUAACUAAAUUUAAAUCCCUAUUUUCAAAUCCGAAAAAACUCAUAUACUCUUUCCACCGCCCCCAUUUCUUCUUCCUCCUCACAAAACCCUAAAUCUACUUCUCGGGUUUCCGGUUCUGACCCGUUGAUUUUCCCUCCGUAUUCUUGUUAGUUUUCCUAAUUUUUUGUUCAGUUUUUUUUGUAGUAGCUUUUGUUUAAUUGCUGAAUUUGAGCUAUGGAUUUCCGGAAAAGGAGUAGAAACGAUGGUGUUGGUGCUGUUAAUGUCAAUGGCGGUGCGAAGAAAUAUAAGUCAGAAUUGGACUCCUUAACAAGUGGUGUAGGCAGCAAAUCAAAGCCAUGCACGAAGUUCUUCAGCACUGCUGGCUGCCCCUUUGGUGAGAGCUGUCAUUUCCUUCAUUACGUCCCUGGUGGCUAUAAUGCAGUGGCCCAGAUGAUGAAAUUGGCACCAGCUCCAUCAUUGAGAAAUGCUGCAGCACCUCCCAAUUCCAAUGGUAAUGCUGCUCCUGUUAAAACCAAACUUUGCAACAGGUUCAACACUGCAGAGGGAUGCAAAUUUGGAGACAAAUGCAAUUUUGCUCACGGGGAGUGGGAAAUUGGAAAGCCUACCAUUCCCUCACAGGAGGAUCCACGUGCAAUGGGGUUUGGUUCUAUGCCAGGUCGUUUUGGUGGGCGGAUGGAGCCUCCUGUUUCAGGACCUGCUGCUAGCUUUGGUACGUCAGCCACUGCAAAGAUCAGUGUAGAUGCUUCUCUGGCUGGAGCCAUCAUUGGGAAGAGUGGGGUCAACUCUAAGCAGAUCUGUAGGCAGACAGGAGCCAAGCUGGCUAUCCGCGAUCAUGAAGCAGAUCCAAAUCUCCGAAACAUUGAGUUAGAGGGCACGUUUGAACAAAUUUCACAGGCUAGUGCGAUGGUAAGGGAGUUGAUCAGCAGCCUUGGUCCAGUAGGUGGUCCUGGAAGAGCACAUGGAAAUCCGGGUGGCCCUGCUCCUCCAAUAAACAACCUCAAGACAAAGUUGUGUGAGAAUUUUGCUAAAGGGUCUUGCACUUUUGGAGACAAGUGUCACUUUGCCCAUGGUGCUGCUGAAUUGCGGAAAACAGGGGUGUGACCGUAAUACUUUUUUUUGCAGUACCUAGCUUUUUAGCGCGUCCAGUUGGUGUUCCCCGUUGUAUUAUCCUUAGUUCUGGGCUGUGGUUAUGCAAUGCAACUUCGUGCGUGAAACUGAGCAUUGUUUUAGUAUUCAGGCAGGGUUUAUGAUGACAUUUUAUAAAAAGCAGAAAUUCUAGUGCAGUAAUAUGCAUGUUUGGGUUAGAAGCUUA